AUGCCUGCAGCUGAGCUCUGGAGCAGCAGAUACAGCACGCAGCAAGCACAGGCGCGCAGAGGGGACUGUACAAUACAAUGCAUUGCCUGCUACACAUGCAUCCCUCCCAACUCCCCACGCCACUCGAAUGGUCUCUAUUCAAUGGUGAAGCAAAAACAAAGCGUUCUCAUAGCACGCCCUAACUCCCCUCACCUCUCCUCUCACCUCUCCCCUCACCUCUCCCCUCACCUCUCCCCUCUCGUCUCCCCUAACUUCUCCCCUCCCAUAUGGGGUUCACACCAGGUCAACACGGGCAACUUCCAGCAUGCAAUCGAUCUGUUCACCUCGAUGAUAAAGAAAGGGCAUUUGGUGCCGGCGGCGUUGAUAGGCAGAGGCACGGCGUAUGCGCUGUGGGGCAAGCUCAAGACGGCCAUAGAGGACUACUCCAAGGCGAUAGAGGAGGAGCCUCGCAUGGCAGAGGCAUGGCGGAGGCGAGCGCAGGCGCGCAUGGCAGAUGGACAGGCUGAAGCGGCAGUGAAGGAUCUGAGCCGAGUGGUGGAGCUGGAGCCGCACAACAUGCAGGCGUACAACGAGCGAGCAAUGGCGCACCUGAGGGCGAAGGCGAACUGGGAUGCAGUGCGGGACAUCAAGUACGUGCUUCAGAAGGACCCAACCAACGCCUUCGCUAUCACCCACCUGGGCCAGGCGUAUCUAUCAGGCGGCGACUGCGAUUUGGCAAUCGAGGCGUUCCAGAGAGCCUUGAAGCACGACGGCAGCAACAGGGACGUGCUGCUGCAGCUGGCGCAGUCCCAGCGCGAGCUGGGGCGAGUGGAGGACGCCGAGAAGAGCUACCUCAAGGCGCUGAGGCUCGACCCGCGCCACCCCCAGGCGUACCGCGUGUACAGCCAGUUCAAGCAGGCCAUGGGGGACCACCGGUGGGUGUGGGGUGAGGGGGUGUGUGGUGUUGAAAAGCUAGAAGAGAUACAUUGA